CUGUUUAAACUGCCCCCACCACCUCCACUCCCAUUUCCUCUCAAUACUGGGGAAACAUUUUACGUAUUGAAUAAACAUUGAUUCAUCUCUUAUAUGCAAACUUAUAUAGGCCUAUGUUCUCCUCUUCCUGAAUGUAAUUCUGAAGUCGGGGGUCCCCUGUUCGCUGAGAUCAAUGACAUGACUGGCAUAGCCUUGAGAGAUUUACCAUCAUCCUCGUUCAUUUCCUGAAAACAAGUUUGUUAUCAUUUUUCCUUUUCGUACUUGAGUGACUCAUGGAUUCUCUGUCGGUCUCUCAUAAAUACCAUAUAAAUACAAGUUUAUAGGGACAUGUCUUCUGUGGAGACCAUCAUAUCUGGAGGUCUUGAAGAUAUCGCUGCUCGUACUUAAGAACUUAGCUUAAGAUUUAGAAUUUCAUUUUUUUUUUAUAAAUUUGUAAACUUUCAUUUUUUGAGGGAUAUUUCUAUUUCUAAGUCAGCAAUUUUCUAUUGAUGCCCACCUGGUCGGCUUGGUCAAUCAUGCUUUUUGCCUGUUUUCUCGCCUUUUUUACUCUUCUUCCAACGCUUCAUUGGUGUAUAUAUAUUCCUGAGCAGAAUGUGCUUUUUGCAUUCAGCACACAAGUCAGGGAACGCCUGCUCUACACAGAGAACAGAUUACAAGGGCUGUUCCUUGAAAUGAAUCCCGAUGGCUCCGUCAGAGGUUCUCCGGAGCAGAGACAAAACUGUGUGCUGAAACUGCGUUCAGUGAAAGCGGGCAAGACGGUCAUCCAGAGUGCGGCUACAUCUCUCUUCCUUUGUGUGGAUGAUGAAGACAACUUGAAAGGACAGCUGCAGUACUCUGAAGGAGACUGCAUCUUUCAGGAAUUACUGGAAGAUGGAUAUUCUUCUUUCCUUUCUCCACACACUCAGCUUCCUGUGUCGCUCCGCUCAAAGCAGUCUGGACAGAAACAUGGGGCUCCACUUUCUCGGUUCCUCCCCAUUAUGAAUACGGUGGCAGCGGACAGCCAGAUACAGGAGGUGAAACAGUAUAUUCAGGAUUUAAACCUCAACUCUGAUGACCCACUUGGAAUGGGACAUCGGUCACACAUACAGACUAUCUUCAGUCCCAGUCUGUAUGCUAAGAAAUGAGGACGGGUGAACGUCAGUUAUGGAGGCACUCUUUACAUUAUCACUGGACUGCAAGGUUAAAAAUGUUUUGUUUCUGUAUUUUGUUGCCUGAAGCUGUAUUUAUUUGAAUUUAUUUAUUUAUUUACUAUGGUCUAAAAUUAUUUAAAUGAAUUAAUUAUUUAAAGUAUCAUUGUUAACUUAAACAUUGUUAUUACUGUAAAUUAAACAUUACAUUUUCAAUAAUGUGAGAGAUAUCUGCUGGAGCAGUUUGUUUGUUCUUUUUGUAGUUCACUUGUAGAGUCACUUCAGUAUGAUUCUUGUGUGAUUAAAAAUUUUAAUAAAUAGUACACCAACAUG